UAAAGAUGACAAAAUCCAAAUUCAGCAGAAAAGGGUAUUUUCAAUUUAUCAAAAAAGCAUCUACGGCCAAUAUUUCGCCAAGAUUUGGCGGGAAAAUCUGCCCUGCAACCCUUUUCACUCUUCACCCGUUAUUUUAGUCACAUCGUGUUUGAGUAGAGAAAUAGAUGGUCCCAAAGAUUUCAAAGUUAUGAGCUCUAAGAACGCAUUAAAGGGUUGAAAAGAAUAAAAAAUUUUGUUUUCGUGUCUUUUGAAAAUUUAAUUUCCUUUGCUUUUAAAAUAAUGACAUGCUUAUGAGGACCAUGGAAUAUAUUUCAAACAAGAUUUUCGGAAGAAAAAACUAAAAAAUAUUUAAACUCAUGUUUGAUUAAAAGAUUAAGUGGGAUAUUUUUUACGUGUUAAUAUGAUUCUGGCACUUGAUUUUUUGACAUUUUAUAUAGUUUCCGGAAUUUUUGAAGUUGUUACUGAAGAAGAACCACUUUCUACUGAAUUGGAAAUCCCAGUUCCAUUACAAGCGGUGUCAGGAAGCAGAAUUUCACUGCCGUGUGACAUAACAUCACCCAUUAUAAAUGACGAAGUUUACUUAGUUCUGUGGUACAAAGAUGAUGUUGCUACCCCCAUUUACAGUUUAGAUGCCAGGCGAGGACAACUGUCUCAAGCCCGUCACGCGACCAAUGAAGCUCUUUCUGGAAGAGCCUUCUUCAGUACAGUGCCUCAGCCAGCUGUUUUAGAGAUAGAUAAAAUAACUCUUGCUGAUGAAGGUUUAUACAGAUGCAGAGUCGAUUUCCAAAAGGCUAGAACGCAACACUUUGCUUUAGUUGUUUCUGUGACAAUUCCACCUGGAGUGCCAAUCAUUAAAGAUCACAAUGGAAAAGUUUUAAGUGGAGUAAUUGGCCCAUUCAACGAAGGGGAAAGUCUGCGACUCAUUUGUCAAGCAGAGGGAGGAAAACCAUCCCCAUCAUUAAUAUGGUGGAAAAACAGAAGAAUUCUAGAUGAUAGCUAUGAUUCUGUGGAUCAAAUAACGAGAAAUGAGCUUUUAAUAGAAAAGCUUCAGCGAAGUGAUUUAAUGAAUACCCUUAUUUGCCAGACUACAAACAAUGCAAUAUUACCUCCAUUAGAAAUAUCUGUAACACUGGAUGUUUAUUUUCAACCUUUAUCAGUGCAUGUCAAGGAAAAAAAGAAAGUACUUUCAGCUAUGAAAACAGUACAGUUUGAAUGCGAAGCAAGAGGAUCAAGACCGUCUGCUGUUAUAUCAUGGCGUAAGGGAAGUUUUAAGUUAACGGAAGCUGUCAGCAACAUUUCUGCCCAAGGUAACAUCACAACCAGCAUUUUGACUUUGACGCCAUCUAGUGAUGACAAUGGAAAAUUCCUAUACUGCCAAGCAGAUAACCCUGCAAUACCCGGGAGUGUUAUUGAGGACGGAUGGAAGUUAGAUGUUCAUUAUGUACCGCUGCUGAGUUUGAGGCUAGGUAGUAAACUACGCCUCACUAAUAUCAUAGAAGGCAUGGAUGUAUACUUUGAAUGCAAUAUUCGCGCAAAUCCAUGGGUAUCAGAGACUGGAUGGAAAUUUGAUGGGCAAGUGUUAAAAAACAACAUCAGCGCAGGAAUUAUAAUAAGUAACCAGUCUUUAGUUUUGCAAAAAGUGACUCGAGAGCAUCGAGGGAAAUAUAGCUGCACAGGACUCAACAGUGAAGGGCAAGGUGAAAGCAGCCAUAUCUAUCUCAGAGUACUAUGUAAGUAACUCAUACAAUUUCUAUUCAAUUAGGGUUAGUUUUUGUUGCUAAUAACACUAUAUAACAUGAAUAAUGUUCUCUAGAUAAAAAUAUAUGUUUCUGGUAUACAUUCGGCUGAUGUUAACAAAUUAUUAACUUUUAUUGACCACUCAAGAAUUUCGUAAAAAGCCGUAUUUUAACUUAGCGACUUUAAGACAUUUAGAAUCAAACUUACAGGCAAAAGGAAGGUGCUAUUUUAGACAUUGAGACCUUCUACAACUUGAAGGCCGCUUUGGUGAUUUGGCGGUAAAAGCUUUAUCUACCUUCUCAAAUUUUUGAGGCUCAUGAUGGAGGAGAGAUGUUCGAGAAUUCAAUAGAAACUUGGCAGCUUUUGUUCCAUAAAAGAAGAACGCGAUUCCCCGUUUUAGCUUUAAUGUAUGAAUCUACCACCUUUUGAAUAUGCAGAAUCACAUAGCUCCAUUAAAAGAGCAGAAAAAAUGUUAAUUGUAGUGUAGUCAAUUUACUCUAGGGUUGCUAAAGACUAUGGGUCAAGAUUAUAACCAUUUCCGUCGAGAAUAAAUAUCUAUUCAAAUCAAUUAUUUAUUAUUAUUAUUUACAAAAUCGCAUAUAUUCCAUCAACCAUAAGAUGAUUCAAGAGUUAAAAUAGGAUUAGUUAAUACAGUGGCUCCAUUAGUUAAAAUAAGAGCUCCGUGGAAACGAGUUUAAGAAAGAUUAAAUCAGACGUAGGAAAAGACUAUUCUUUAGCACAAGGACAUCCAUACAUAAAGGGAAGGAUCAAAUAUUUAAUGAUUGUCUUCUUACUGUGGAUGGCCUAUACAAUGAGCACUGCUGACAAAAUGAGAAAAUAUUCAGCACAAUGAAAGAUUUAAGAGUGUUAGAUUUAGUGCAGCAAGUGUUGAUAGUACUGUGAAACUUUUGAGUGGGAUAUCAGAUAAGAUACACUUCUCGCUAAUAUCACAUUAGUAUCACAUAAUUGA